GACCCCCACGAAGAUAUCGAUUCUCUUCGUCUCAGAGCCAGAAAUGAAAGGAAUCGCAUGGAAGAAUGUUUCAAUCAAAGCCGAGAAGCGUACGCUCGUAACGAGGUAAGGCUCGCUAAACAGCUUUCCCAGGGGGGCGAGGCGCACAAAGACAACAUGGAGCGCUUAGAUAAGGAAGCCAGCACAAAGAUAUUUCAAGGUAUGAGACCGAUGGACGGAGGACACGGACCCGACACGAUUGAUCUCCACAGACUCUAUGUCUUUGAAGCCAAGGUAUACUUCGACGACGCUGUUCAAGGGAUUCGUGACCGUGGAGAAUCGUCACUGCAUGUGAUCACAGGAAGGGGAAAUCACUGCGAAAACAACAUCCCCAGGAUCAGACCUGAAAUCCAAGAAUAUGGGAGAAGUUUGGGUUUGAGUGUCGAAGUGGAUCCUGACAAUGAUGGCCGCCUUCUUGUGAAUAUUAAUGAUCCCAGCUAA